UCUGGGGAAAGAGAACUUUGUAUUUCGUUUCUUGUUCAGUCCCCGUUCUGCUCUCAGCGAUGGCGGCUGCUGAUCUGAGAGACGAGCUGAGCUGCUCCAUCUGCCUGAGCAUUUAUACUGAUCCGGUAAUGCUGCCCUGUGGCCAUAACUUCUGCCGGGGCUGCGUUGGCAGUGUGAUGGAUGCCCAGGAGGGAUUGGGGGCUUAUUCCUGCCCUGAUUGCAGAGCCGAGUAUCAGGAGCGCCCCGCCCUGCCCAGGAACAGAACUCUGGGGAACAUAGCAGCGCGGUUCUGUCCGACUGAGCCGGAGCCGGGGGAGACUGGGAUUCCCUGCACCUACUGUGUCCUCUCCCCUGUACCCGCUGUUAAAUCCUGUCUGCACUGUGAGGCUUCUCUGUGUGAUACCCACCUGCGGGGGCACAGCCAGUCAGCAGAACAUGUACUCACUGAGCCCACCGCUUCCUUUAUUGGGAGAAAAUGUUCUGUACAUCACAAGGUUCUGGAGUAUCACUGCUGUGAGGAUUCUGCCUGUAUCUGUGUGUCCUGCUGCCUGCCCGGGGGGCACCGGGGCCACAGGGUGGAGCUGCUGAGUGAGGCCUCUGAGAAGAAGAAAGAGAAACUGAGGAAAGUUCUGGAGAAACUGAGCCCAGAGAGAGAGGAGACUGAGAGAGGAGCCCAGAGGCUGCAGGAGCGCAGGAGAGAAGUGGCAGAAGCGGCAGCCGGUGAGACAGAGAGAGUCACUGCCCUGUUUAGGGGCAUCAGGGAAGAGCUGGAAGCCCUAGAGAAGCGACUCCUGAGUGACAUCUCCAGGCAGAAAGAGGAGCUCUCACUCACACUCACUGAGCUGAUCCAACAGCUGGAAAUAAAGAAGGACGAGCUGUCCAGGAAGAUCCGGCACAUUGAGGAGCUGUGCAACAUGGCAGAUCCACUCACUGUCCUACAGGAACAAUGGGAAUCCCAUGGGGCUGCCUUUUGUGGGGCUGAGGGGGCAGAUACUGAGGGCAGAGAGAGAGAGGGUACUGAGGGGGCAGAUAAUGAGGGCAGAGAGAGAGAGGGUAUAAAGGUCCCAGCUGUAGGGGAUCUGGAUGUGGGUCGGAUCUCAGAGACAUUACUCACAGGCUUAGCUGGGAUUGUGACUUGGGUAAUGGGAAGGGUCUAUGGGCAGGAGGCCACAGACCUGGUACUGGAUAUAAACACGACUCAUAAUCGUGUAUCUGUAUCAGGGGACAGGAAAUCUGCUUCCUACUCACUAACAAACCAACAUUACCCACAAUCCCCAGUGAGAUUUCAACUUUAUUCUCAGGCUUUAAGCAGCAGGAGUUUCCCCUCAGGGCGACAUUACUGGGAAGUGGAGGGCAGUGAAUCAGGGGAGUGGGAGGUAGGGGCGGCCUAUCCCAGUAUAGAGAGGGGGGGGAGACAGUCUGGUAUUGGGAAUAAUAACAAGUCCUGGGGUUUGUACAAAUGGAAGGAUAAUAGCUUUAGAGUGAGACAUGACAGUAAAUGGACACAGUUACCCCACGCCCCUUCCUGCAGGAGAAUCAGGAUCUCAUUGGACUAUGAGGCCGGACGCCUGUCCUUUUAUGAGCUGAGUGAGCCAAUCAGGCACUUACACACCUUCACUGCCUCCUUCACUGAGCCCCUUCAUGCUGCAUUCUAUAUUUAUGGUACCUGGGUGAGAAUCAUUAGUUAGGGCCCAGGGCUGGAGACACUCUUUAUGCUGCCAUAUGAUAAUUUCUUGUGAUGUUUUCCUUUCCCCUUUCCUUCAUAAAGAGGGUAAUUUAUUCACAGCUCCCUAUCUCUCUUUAAACAAACGCCUCCCUUCUCUAAGCAGUAGCACUGAGCAGCUCAUUAUAAGGGGCCUCUUAGUGAUUACAUAUGUUUGUAUCAUAUCCUCCAUUGCUCUGCAGGACCAGGAAGUGACAGGAAGUGCUAAAGUGAAACUAGCUUCAUAUUCUUCUAUAGUGCCAGGAAUAACAGAAACCAUAGAUAUUUUGUAAUUAUAACAAAAGAAAUGUUGAGCACAAGCCCUAUUCAUUGAGCUCAUUUUGAAAAUGGGUGUAUGCUGUCCCUUUAAAGGUGUAUUCUAUCCCAUCUAAAGCUUUUGACUAUCAACCCCCCCAUGUAGGCACUGAUACAUAAUAUAUGGCACCUGUGUUACAUUUGGGCUAAAAGCAGCUGUUUCCUUUUGUUAUGCCAGAGCAGUAUUGUGCUGGCACCAUAAGAGUUAACAAUAACAACAUUGGGUCUCAGGCCCACAAAGAGUCCCAUAAUUAGAUAUUCCAUUAGGGGAUUGUGGGAAAGGGAUGCACCAUAUAGGUCUAUUCAGAACCAGACCAUUGGACAAUUGGUAGAUUGUAGAAAAGGAUCCAUAUCCCCCCUUAUAUAGGGAUAUAAAUCACAUAUUGGAUAUGAGGAGGUCAUGUGAUUCCUAAGGAUACCAAUCAGGGUCUCUACCCACCAGUUAGGAGGGAUAGUUUCUGGGGGGCUGGGACAUGUUUGGUAUCAUUCUGAUUAUCCACAAAUGGAUCACAUUUCCGGGGCGCUCCUACCCCAUGUGUAAGGCAAUGAGGGUGAGGGGCGGGUGUCCCAGUGGGUUAUAAAGAGUGGGGAGCCCUAAGCAUUGGCACUCAUACCUUGAGGCGCCAGUCCUGCCUGGGGGCUGGGCCCACUUACUCCAACUCCUGCCUCAGGGGGAAACAUAGGAAAUUCCUGACUUUGUAACGUACAUAGGGUUUCUCUGUGUUUUAUUCCUUUUUAUUUUACUUUACUCUUUGCAAUUUGAUAUUAUGUAGGUCUCUUUGUAACAUUCUUUCUGUACAGAGAUUCACUGUUUGCUUUUGUAAUAUUAAAUGUAAUAAGCUUUGAGCCCAUAGGC